ACCCUGUGUGUAACAGAAAUAAUUGAGUUAUCAAUUUACGAGAUAGAGGCCUUCUUUUGCAUUAGGUGAUUCUAAAAAUCAAUUCGAUAAAAAUCAAAAGACGAUUUCUAAGUAGGGUGAAAGAAGACUUCAAAAAUCGAUUAUUAUAUCGAUUAUAUCCUUUCCAAGAGCUUUUUAUAGGCCAAACUUUUUGAUUUUUAGACCGUACAAAAAUUCCUCGGAAUGUAGUUCUACAAUUUGCGCGAAAAAAAAAAAAGUAAUUGAUAUCGUUAAAUCACUUAGAAACAUUCUUGGUCAACCCUCUGUGAUAUUCUCUAAUUCGAUUAAUUUUGAAUGAAUGAAAUCUUUUGAAGAACUUGUCGAAUAUGCAGAUACUUCAGAUCUAUCAGAAUUAUUUUCUUAAGAAAAAUAGUAAUGAGGUUUACCAAAUUAUUCAUUGUAGUAUCGUCGAACUCAAUUCGGAUGUUAGAUGAACUGAGGAGAGAGUCACCGUCAGCGACGUUUUAUACAGAUCCGCUUGGCCGCAGCUUUCUCGUUUUACCCGACCACCGAGUUGUACCAAGCAUCGUAUCUUUCAAAGAAGAGAUCGAUUGGAAUAUGGAGCUUUUGGUACCGACAGUUUCAGAUAUCAUUUUCAAAUAUACCUGGUCUAUCGCAAAUUAUAAGAAAACUAUUUCGAAAAGGAGCUCGAUCGAUAGUCCGUCUUUCGAAUUGAACGUAAAUGGUAUUCACAGUUCAUGGAAUUUAUCUAUUAGAUUUUGGAAAGGACCUGAGGGCAAGAGAAUCACAAACCCAGUAGUAUUGUGUUUGAAUAUAUUGAAUUGCAUCGUGGAGGAGGCUGAGCAAGCAAAAAUACGUUUUCAAUUUGGUGUAUUCAAUGCCAAUGUUAAACAUUGGGAAUAUUGCCAUGUUAGUAGAACUGUAUUGGAAUUAAAAUCAAAUAGCGAUAUUAUUUCACUUGGGUAUAAAGAUUUGUCCAUCGUUGACAGACACCUGAAGAAGAAUGGCGAGGUCGACUUGAUGGUAAAAAUACAAAUAAUACAAUGUGAAAGUGAAAAACAUAGUUUGUCACAGGAUAUGGAUAGAUUAUUGAAACAUCCACGUACAGCUGAUACUAAACUAAUUUGUGGAGGAUUGGCUGGUAUAGAAAUACCGGUACAUAGUAGCAUAAUAACUGCUCGUAGCAAUGUUCUAGCAGAAAUGUUAUCUCCUAUAUCCGUCUCUCCAAUAAAAACUGAGCUUGAAUUGGAAAAAGACGAGGAACAAAAAGGAUAUAAAGAAGGUCAAUUUCUAUACUCGUUGGAAUUAUUAGACAUUUCUAAGGACACAACGGAUGAACUUUUACGAUAUAUUUACAGUGAUCAUGUUGAUAAUUUGGAUAAUCUUGCACCUCAAUUAUUAUCUUUGGCAGAACGUUUUUGUUUACAAGGUUUGAAAGAACUUUGCGAAAGAAAUUUAAUAGAAACAAUUACUCCAUAUAAUAUAGCCAAUCGAUUGUUAGUAGCAGAUGAAUUUGGUUGUGAAAUAUUGAAAAAAGCUAGCUUAGCUUAUUGCGAAGAAAAUUUAACAGUACUUAACAAAAGUCUUGCUUGGAAAAUGAUGGAACAAAUGAAUCCUGAAUUAUUUAAUGAAGUUUGCGAAGCUGGAAUGGGAAGUUCUAGAUCUAGUAACAUAGAUGAUAGUGAACUGAGUAAUUAAAUUUAGUUCGUUAUUUUAUUUCAAUGGAUAUUUAGCGAUAAUGUGAUUUUAUUAUAAUAUGACAUUUUAUUAUAAGAUGAUUAUAUCAUUUAUUUUAAGUUUUAUAAAGCAUUUGAAAAAUAUUAAAAUUUAUUUUGUCUCAUUUCAUUAUGUUCAUAUAAUGAACUUCAAAAUAUUUACAUAUUUAUAUAUUUAGAGAAUAACAAGUUAUUAAAAAAAAAGUAUAAAACAAAAUUGUUUACUUGUAUGUUUGUGCUCUAAGACCAAAAGAUUUUGUAAAUAAUUUGUAGAUAAUUACAAUUACAGUUUUAUAAUCUAAAAAGUAAAUACAAAAGGGUGUAUCAAUA